AUGUCUUGGCCAACUGAAUCCGAUCUCGAAUCUCUCGAUUUAAUUAUCGAUAGAAUGCACCCAAUUCCAAAUUUCCCAUAUCCGAUGAAAACUACAAGAAAUGAGCAUUUUCCAAGUUCAAAAGGUGAUCCGUGGAUUGGUGCAUACACAAAAAAUGGAUAUUGGUUCAAAUUUUCAUGGGGAAAACGACAACAUUGGGAUGAGGUAUUUUUCUUUUGAAUAUUUAUAGAAGUUUUGUGAUUUUACUUAUUUUCCAGAUAAUUCCUGAAGCUGCAUAUCGAAGUGGAUUUUUGAAAGAUUCGAAAUCUUUUGAAGUUUAUCGGAAUGUAUUAAAACCUUCGGCUGAAUUGAAAUUUUUAAUUGCCAAAAAUAUUCGAGAAGAUGUUUUGGGCAUUUUGGAAAUGGCACAAUUCGAGGAAUUUGUGGUUUUGGGGACUAUUUUUGUAGUGGAAGAUUUUCGACAUGUUGGAAUUGGAAAAAUGAUGAUGAAUGAGGUUAUGAAGACAAAUAAAGAUAAAGAUGUGGCGAUGAAUUCAAGUUGGUUUUUUGGAAAAUAAAAUUUAAUAUUCUAAAACUCCUGAUCUCAAACAUAACAAAUUUGAGUUCUCGAUCAACGGUUUUGUAGCCACCUCAAAAACUAUUUUCAGUCUCAUAUCUGAUUCCAAGUGCUCACAAAAACUACAACUUGAUCCCUCAAAUAUGCCGAAAAAUUCUGCGAAUCACUCUGGAUUCUCCCCAAGGAUUUGAAAAUCUCCAAAACAAUUUGGUUGGCUUCACAGUGAAAUCGAAAUCUACGAUGAGUUCCGAAGAUUUUUCAAAUAUUUCAAUUUAUUCUGAAUCAAUGAAUCAUUCAAAAAUCAAUUGGUCAGCUUAUCCACAAAUUGUGGCAAUUUUCGAUGAAAAAACAGAUGAUUGUUGUGGUGUUGCAGUUAUUCAAGAAAUUCAAAAUGAUGAAGAUAUUUUGCCUGAUUUAUUUUUGGGCCCAGUUUAUGCGAAUUCCGAGGAAAUUGUUGAAGUUUUGAUGAACAAUUGUUUGAAGAAAUAUUAUGUGGGUUUUGUUUCGUAGAAAUAAUAAUCUUUGUAUAGCCAAAAAAUAGGAAAAUAUUGUACUUCAAUGAAAAAUACUUUUGAAAAAAAGGAUUAAAUUUUUCCAAAUUCUUUUUUUUUCUAAAAUGAAAACAAGAACAGUACACUUGAAUAUCUGUUGGGGGAGAACAACAAAUUGAUUUUUUAAUUUAUCAAGAACUGUAAACUGCUCAAAUUAAAAGUGAUUUUUAGUGCAACAUUUCAGGGUUACUGUAGAUAUUGCUGAUUUAAAACACUCAAAGAACUCCUCCUAGGUCCUGAAAAAUCUCAAUUUUCAGAAUCCUGAAGACGACUAUGAUUUCGACAUCGAUCACGAAGCAAUCUAUCGACGAACCCUUGAUUUCUUCAUUUUUUCCGAAAACUUCAACACCCCCUUUUACACAAAUAUAAUCGCUAAACUAAAUCCCAAAGAAACCAAAGCCAAAAGCCAAUAUUUCCAAACCUGUUCCAAUUUCCUGUUGCCCUCAACCACCCACACAAAAAUCUGGGCACUUUCAGAUCCAAAUAUUUUCCUCACCUGA